AUGAUUUUUCUGUCAUUAGGGAUCCUCGCAUUCUGUUCCUGUUGUGGCCCAGCAGAGUACAAAACACAAGCAGGAGAAUGCUGUCCUAUGUGUGGAGAAGGGUUUGUUGUAUACAGAGACUGUACAGAAGAUUCAAGUUCUGCAUGUAUUCCCUGUGUUGGACAAACAUAUAUGAAUGAACCCAAUGGCCUUACAAAGUGCUUUCAUUGUAAAACUUGUGAUACAGGGCAAGGUCUUCGCAAACUCCAAAAAUGUACAACUACAAGCAAUACUGUAUGUGAUGUACAGAAUGGAUAUUUUUGCCAGCAAUUUUCAGAACAAGCUGAAUGUAUAUUUGCAGUGAAACAUACAAUUUGCAAACCUGGCCAAGGAAUUAAAACACAAGGAACUAAAACCUUGGAUACAGUUUGUGCAGACUGUCCACAAGGGUUUUACUCUCCCCAUGGUAUUAACUGCACUGCAUGGACACAUUGUGGAGUCAGUGAGUACAAGGUUGAAGAUGGAAGUUCCACAAGAGAUGUUCAGUGCCAGAAAGGAAGUAGGGCUGAUCUUGAACUUUUGAAAGUCGAUGAGGAGAGCUGA